AUGUCUUUCCUUCAUAAUCAUUCUUGCGAGUGCGUUAAGUCAGAAUUGGAUUUGUUUGCACUACCGUCUACACAAACUAGCAUUGAAAAUGGAUUGUGGAUUCAUUAUAAACCAAUUUCAUCUCUUGGUGAUGAUGGACCUAUCGAGUUUCAAGUUCCUGGGACCGGCGAUGACUACAUAGAUUUGUCUCAUACAUUACUCCACAUAAAGGCAAAAGUAUUAAAUCAAGAUUCAACUAACUUGGUAUCUACUACAAUAGUAGCACCUGUAAAUAAUUGGCUGCAUUCACUUUUUAGUCAACUUGAUAUUUAUUUAAACCAAAAACUUGUAUCACCACCUAAUAAUACCUAUGCAUAUCGAGCAUACAUGGAAACCCUUUUAAACUAUGCCCCUGCUGCUAAACAAUCUCAUCUUACUUGUAGUCUUUGGUAUGAGGAUACAGCAGGAAAAAUGGAUUCUACAGAUGGUAAAAACAUAGGAUUUGUUAAAAGACAGGAAUUGAUUAGUGAAAGUAAGGAAAUAGAAAUGAUUGGUCAUCUUCACGGUGACAUUUUUAACCAAGAUAAAAUUUUAAUUAAUGGUGUUGAAAUGAGUGUUAAAUUGGUUCGAUCAAGAGAGAGUUUUAAUUUAAUUGUUGGGUCAAACGAUGUAAAGUUUAAAGUUUGCAUUACGGACGCAACUCUUAUUGUGCGACGAGCACGAAUUAAUCCAAGUGUAUUACUCGCACAUCAAAAAGUUUUAGCUUCUACCACUGCUAAAUAUCCUAUUACUCGAGCUGAAGUAAAAGUUUUAACAAUUCCUUCAGGUGUUCAAGGAAAAACUCUUGAUAAUAUAUUUUUAGGACAGGUACCGAAAAGAUGUAUAAUUGGAUUUGUGAACAAUUCUGCAUUUAAUGGUUCCCUUACUAAAAAUCCAUUUAACUUUGAAAACUAUGGUAUUAAUUCUUUCAGCUUAUAUAUUGAUGGUCAACAAAUACCUUCAAAAGCUUUGCAACCAUCUUUUAAUAAUAGCAUAUUUACAUCAGCAUAUCAUACUCUAUUCUCGGGAACUGGUAUUCACUUUCUUAAUGAAGGAAAUGGAAUCUCUUGUGAACAGUAUGGCAAAGGUUACUGUCUAUUAGCAUUUGACUUAACUCCUGAUUUAUCAGCUAACUCAUCAACUCAUUGGAAUCUCAUAAAGCAUGGUAGUGUAAGAAUAGAAGUACGAUUUGAAUCCUCAUUAAUACAAACAAUUAACUGUAUAGUUUAUGCUGAGUUUGAUAAUAUUAUUGAGAUAGAUAAAAACAGAAAUGUUACUGUAGACUAUAGUAGUUAA